AUGGCGCCCAGUUACAAAGUAUUCACGUCAACUGAGUCCUCUAUGAGGUCGCUAGACCACCAACCCAGUCACAACAGAACCCUGAUAGAUUCAGAUUGCUCCAUAUCUUCGUUUUUGCCAUUUGUGUCUUCAACUUUUAAUUCGUGUGACUUGAGAAAUGAAUCAUUAGACUAUAAUUAUUCCACAGAUUCGAAUUAUAUCCUGGGUUUCCCACUGUCAAAUGUUUUAUCAAUUUCAAAUCGGGGUUCGUUCGAUUCAUUGUUAGUUACUUCUGUGAUUGAUAAGCUUCCAUUUGAAAUCAGGCUCAAAAUUGCAUGCUAUUUAAAUCAAUAUGAUGCUUAUAAUUUAAUGAGAGUCAACAAGUCAUUUUUUGAGUCUACGGUAUCAAGACUAUAUCACACAGUUGUAAUAGAUCCUGAUUAUUCACCAUUCAAUCAAGAUAUCAAUCAAAGUGGCUUGAAAAACAGAUGUCAAAGUAUCAGUGCAAUUACCUUCAUUAAAAUGGGUUAUAGUUUGAAAUGUUUCUUCAACACCAUAAAUCAAAGUUUACCAAUUGAUGACUAUCAUACACAGUCACAAUGUUCAAUCAGUUAUGGUUUAUUAAUUAGCAAAAUUCACUUUGUUGAGGUGCCUGAUGGGUUUAAUUGUCCUUUUGACCUCAAAUUCUUCAUCUACAAUUCAAUACUAAAACUUGAGAACUUGAAUAAAUUUAUUUGGGAUUCAUCAGAGGCAUUACCAUACGGAAUUAUUGAUAGCCUUCCUAACAAAGAUAGAGUUAGCUCGUUAUUUGUUAAUUUGUCUUUGAAAAAGAAUAUUACAUCUAAAGAUUAUGAAUCUUUUAAACAUUUUAAGAAUUUAGAGAGUCUAUCAUUGGAGCCAUUUAUCAACUCUUGUAAUCUCUUUCAGAUAUUCAAGAGUCUUUUGGAAGGAAAUGAGGGUGCUCCUGAUAAAUUGAAAUCUCUAAGAAUAGCAAGAUAUAAUUCCAAUAACAACUUUUUAAAGAGUAUACCCAGUUCUGCCUUGGUGUUAACGGAUUAUAUACUAGAACUUGAAAACAUACAGCUUUCAGAGUAUGAUAUGAAUUGUAUUUUGAAUUUAUUCAUUCUUUUCAAUAGCUAUGAUACAGAACUUAUGAAAUUGGAAACUUUUGCUCUAGAUUCAAUAGUCAUUUCAACUCUUGAUGCUAAAAGGUUAGGAAGCUUCAUUAAUUUAUCAAUACUAACACACCUAGAGUUAAGAAACAUGACGGAAGUUCAGUUUCCAGAAGAUAUACAGUCAGCAAUGUCGAUGAAGGACUUGAGCUUGAGGCUUGAUCAAGGGUUUUUAAAAUCUUUAGGGAGAAAGUUGAAAAGCUUGAAAAGAUUGUCUAUAGACUAUAGAGAAGGCUUAAGAGAUACUGUUCCUUCAUUUAUACAUAUGUUGGAUAACCUUGAAGAAUUGGAUGUGACAAUUAGAUGGAAUAUCACCAAGUUAUGCACCCAUGAAUCUUGGAAACAUCUGUGCUUUAGAUAUGUUAAAGCGAUUUUAAAGCAUUCAAAAACUUUAAAAAAGUUAUCAUUAGACACAAAGGAGGAUUCAGUGUUUUGUGACCUGCACAAGUUAAUUUUUACAGAAUACUUAUUAGAACUUCGUGAUAUGAAAAACUUGAUGUCUUUGAGACUACACGGUUAUUCAUUACAAGGUUGUGCACCUAUGUUAGUAUCACAUUUACCUAGCUUGGAAUUCAUGGAAUUGUUUGGUUCUGGUGCUGGUGGUACACCUCAUAUGGGAUUACAGGUAGUCCAUGAGGGUGUUCUUGAUGAUGCCUUGAGAGUACAACAUGUUGCCGAGGCAAUUAGUAAAAGUAAUGGGCAUGUUAAAUUCAUAAAGAUUGACAAGUGCAUCUUUGAGGUGAAAGAAAACGGUAAAAUACUCCCUAGAGAUGGUCUAGGAGGAUGGUUUGGCAGAAACGUUAGGGUAGAAAUGGAUAGAGUUUAA